GGUGCACGUGUCUUUGGUUUGCACUUAUGUGUCAAGUCAAGUGCCAGCUGUGAAGAUUGGAGGCCAACAAAGAUGGGAAACACGGACACAAAAUUAAACUUUAGAAAAGCUGUUAUUCAGCUAACAUCGAAAUCUCAGCCCAUCGAAGCCACAGACGAUGCAUUUUGGAACCAGUUCUGGAGCGAAAACCUGAACAGCGUGCAGGACGUGUUUACCCUUGUUCCCGCAGCAGAGAUACGAGCUUUACGAGUAGAAGCGCCUCAAAACUUGGCUACGUUGUGUUACAAAGCCGUAGAAAGGCUAAUUGCAGCCGUCGACUCGAGUUGCAGAACUCAAAAAGACCAUGAGACAGUCCUGAACUGCGUACGACUGCUGACGCGGGUCCUGCCUUACAUUUUUGAGGACCCUGACUGGCGAGGAUUCUUUUGGACUAGCUUGCCAUCAGAAAAGGGGCAAAAUUACGAAAAUGAACACGCCACUCCUCUGGCUCAUUCGCUGCUAAAUGCCAUUUGUGAUUUGCUCUUUUGUCCAGACUUCACUGUUUCUGCCAGCAGGAAAUCUGGCCCAGACAAAGCUGAGGAUUUGAAUGCCAUUGACAGCUGUGAAUUCAUCUGGGAGAGUGGGGUGGGGGCAGCUCUGUCCCUGCCUUAUAAUGCAGCACAUGAUUCUAACAGGACAGAGCUCUUGAAGCUCCUUUUGACCUGUUUCAGUGAAACUAUGUACUAUGAACCUUCUGACAGUGGAAGUGGCCAAGUGAAUCGAUGGGUGUCCCACUUCACCUCUCCUGAGAACAGGCACGCCCUGCCAGUUUUCACCUCCUUGCUGAAUGUGUGCUGCAGUUACGAUCCUGUUGGACUUGGCUUGGUGCCGUACAACCACCUUAUUUUCAAUGACUCCAGGGAACCGCUUGUGGAAACCGCCCUGCAGAUUUUAAUCGCUACUCUAGACCACGAGGGACUACCCAACUCUAGUGCGAAUGCAGAUCAAUCACAGCAGAAUGCGAAUCAGGACAACUUGUUCAUCAACUACCUCUCGCGCAUCCACCGAGAUGAAGACUUUGGCUUUGUUCUCAGAGGCUUCACCAGACUUUUAAACAACCCGCUUGCCCAGACGUACUUACCAAACUCAACAAAGAAAGUUUCAUUUCAUCAGGAGCUUCUGAUCUUCUUCUGGAAGUUUUGUGAUUACAACAAAAAAUUCCUGUACUUUGUUCUGAAAAGCAGUGACGUCUUGGACAUUCUUGUUCCCAUCCUCUAUCAUCUCAACGAUUCAAGAGCAGACCAAUCUCGAGUUGGCUUGAUGCAUAUUGGCGUUUUUAUUUUGCUGCUCCUGAGUGGAGAGAGAAAUUUUGGAGUCAGGCUAAACAAGCCUUACACAGCAACUAUUCCUAUGGACAUUCCAGUGUUUACAGGCACACACGCCGACCUGCUGAUUACUGUGUUUCACAAGAUAAUCACAACUGGCCACCAGAGACUGCAGCCUCUCUUUGAUUGCCUCCUCACAAUUUUAGUGAAUGUUUCGCCAUAUUUGAAGACUUUGUCAAUGGUUGCCAGCACUAAGUUACUGCACCUGCUAGAAGCCUUCAGCACACCCUGGUUCUUGUUCUCCGCACCCACGAACCACCACCUUGUCUUUUUCUUACUAGAAAUCUUCAACAACAUCAUCCAGUACCAGUUUGAUGGCAACUCCAACUUGGUCUAUACAAUCAUCCGUAAGAGACAGGUGUUCCAUUCAUUGGCCAACCUACCAUCUGACUAUGUCACCAUUAAUCGGUCUCUGACAAGACGCUCGAUGCACGGCAAGACCAGGAUCCCAGCUAUGAGCCGCCCUUCGACUCCAUCGUCAAAUGUGCCUGCAACAUCAGAAAGCAAAGAAGUGAAAAGUGAAGGUGCCCCAGAAGCAGAUCAAAAUAGGACGACAGAAGAGGAGGAGGCCAUGGAGGGUUCUCGUCCAGCCAUGCCAGCUGAACCUGGAACUCUGAAAGCCACACUACCUGCCACUCCAGGCAUUGAGAAAAUUACCGAGAGAGAGUCUGCCCAUCCUUCGUCGUGCCAGUUGAAUGAAUUGACUGUUGGCUCUUUGUUGGGUCCUGAUAGUGAGCUGCCCUCUCAGCCAAAAAGUGCUGAGACUUCUUUGCUGCCCAUCACUGAGGAAACUGAUGGAGUUUCACAGCGCACCAGAAAGACUAGUCCGACGGGCAGUGAGUCUGGAUCAACUUCAAGCAGCCUAAAAAGAGCGCAAUCCUUGCGCCGCAGCUUGCAAUUGACUGAGGGAAGUUCCUCUCCAACACAGGGCACUCAGCAGUGGAACCCCACCUCAGAAUGGGUGUACAGCUGGAAGAGCAAGCUACCCCUGCAGACAAUCAUGCGCCUUCUGCAGGUCCUUGUUCCUCAGGUUGAGAAAAUCUGCAUUGAUAAGGGGCUGACAGAUGAGAGUGAGAUCCUCAAGUUCUUGCAGCACGGUACUCUGGUGGGCCUACUUCCAGUUCCCCACCCGAUUCUCAUCAGGAAGUACCAAGCAAAUUUGGGCACAACCAGCUGGUUCAGGACCUACAUGUGGGGAGUGAUUUACCUGAGAAACGUUGAUCCCCCAAUCUGGUACAACACGGACGUCAAGCUGUUUGAAAUACAACGGGUGUAAAUUUUUCCAAGCUUCGAAUGAACUUAAAACAACUAUCGCUUCAGUUCUGAUGGUAACCAACCAAAGUAGUCGACAACUAAAGAACUUCUAUAUAUUUAUUUACCACAUAAAAUUAUCAAGAUAAAGUAUUAACAGAUCGAUGUUGUGUGUGAUAAUGUGACCUUUGUGGUGUUAAAUUUUGUGACAAUAUUUGAUUUUUACAUUCUUUCAUUGCAUUUAUAUUUAAAAUCGUUGGACCCUUUUUUGGUAUAUGCAUAUUUGAAUUAACUUUGAUCUCUGUGUGAUUUUAAGAGGCGUAUAUGUGGAUUAUUUUCUCUAAUGAACCUGAAUUUGCACUAUUUAUUCAGGGUUAACGAAAUAUAAAUAGUAUAUCAAAUAAACAGCAAUUUCAGUCAAAAUGAAAA